GAAAAGAAUCCAUCUCAUCUCAUCUUGCCGAUGCUGAUGCUGUGCACGGCUCCCUCGUCCACGAGUCCUUGUGUUCCACGCAUCGUCCAGGACGGGAGCAUCGAUACGAGGUCAAGCAAAUAAUCUUUAAAACCCAAAACGCAUCGCAAGAGUUAGACGGGGGAGAGUUUCUGCAGAUCUCGAUCGUGCCUCUUCGCCAUGAUAUAGGGCCACUUCCGUUCUGCACAUCCCUCCCCUUCUCGUCGUUUCAAAGUCGUCUUUCGGGGGCCGUUGACUUGCCCGACUUACAGUAGUUGCCCCACCCUUUGGCCGUUUGAUUAUUAGCAUCUUCUUAUUUUAAGGGUGGAGAUUUGCCGGAUUAUAUAAUGGGGGAGACGGGUUUCGUUCAACUAUCAAACAGGUAUCGAAGGGAAUCCAAAAACCCUUCUGGCAUCUCUGUCUCUCGCUCCUUGAAUCAGUCCUCUUGAGCUUUGCUUGUGUGGCGACUGCUUGAGAGGUGGGAGGAAGGAAUCAAUGGCGGCACGUAGGACCCUUCUGGCAUCACUGGUUCUGGCUUGCUUGGCUCAGGCUUGUUAUGGCAACGUCCUCUUCUCUUCUCUCCAGGGGACUCUUAUCGUCUCGGCUUCGUCUCAGCCUGGCCAAGUGCUGAAAGCCGGCGAGGACAAGAUCACGGUGACGUGGCGUUACAACCAGAGCUUCCCGGCGGGGACGGACUCGGCCUACAAGACGGUGCAGGUGAAGCUGUGCUACGCCCCCGUCAGCCAGGUGGACCGCGCGUGGCGCAAGACCGUGGACAACCUGGCCAAGGACAAGACCUGCCAGCACGCGAUCACGUCCAGGCCCUACUCGCCGGCCGACCAGAGCUACGAGUGGCUGGUCCAGAAGGACGUGCCGGAGGCCACCUACUUCGUGCGCGCCUACGCCCUCAAUGCCGAGGGCGUCCAGGUCGGGUUCGGCCAGACCACGGACAAGAACAAGACCACCGACCUGUUCCAGGUCCAGGCCAUCACGGGGCGGCACGCGUCGCUCGACAUCGCCUCCGCAUGCUUCAGUGCCUUCUCUGUGGUUUCGCUGAUCGGCUUCUUCAUUGCCGAGAAGAGAAAGGCCAAGCCAAGUUCGGCUUCCAAUUAACAACGCCAUCAAACUUAGACGUGACUCAGUGUUUCCAUGGUCUAAGAGUCUAUAUGGAGCACGUCCUCUUUUCCUAUACUUUACUAAUACGUCUUUUGUCGUAUAUCGCUCUCUUUGUACGUCGACGUUACAGUUGUAUCUACGCCGUCCAUGGAAAGCAGGCUCCAAUUUGGAUGAUUAAGGUUUUGGACGGUGGAAGAUGUAAUGCGAGCUCCUAAUAAUGGCCACUAGGGUGUGAACGAGGUCAGGCUUUACUUGGGGGUGGGAUGGACUAGGGAGUUCCAUGAUCAUAAGUGAAGGGAUGUUUGUUGCACAUGGUUUUGAAAUUGGAAGUUUAUGAUCUUUCUUUGCUGAAUAUCAUGAUAAAGCAAUUUGGGGUUUG